CGGCGGCGGAGUUCCUCGGUCUGAAGAUGUGGGAGGAAACAGGGGACUCCGUGACCUUGCUGUGCCUCACGGCCAGUAGCGGGGUGCCUUUGUAUUGCAGGAGCCGGGGAGGCUCCGUCAAGCAGCAGCUGCCCUUCUCGGUGAUUGGCUCCCUGAAUGGGGUUCACAUGUUUGGUUCCAACCUGGAUGUCCAGCUAACAGCUGCCUGUACAGAGAACACUCGUGUGGUGUGGAAAGUGUUCCACAACAGCAUCACCCUCAUUGUCCUGUCCUCAGAUGAAGGCGCAAGUGACUACAGCCUUGGGAGGCUCCUUGAGAAUGUCUUCAGUGCCAUGGUUCUCGUGUUGGGUCUGGAGGAACUAGUCAAUGCACGCAACGUCGAACGUCUCAAAAAGGACCUGAAGGCAUGUUACAGAUUGAUUGACAGCUUCCUGGAGCCUAGCAAAUGCAGCGCUGACCUGACACAGUAUGUGGAGUGUGCUGUGAUGCCCUCCAGGGCCAUCCUGCAGGAAUGCCUGGAGGCCUUUGCCAGCGCAGCCGAGUCAAGGUUCGGCAGCCUGCUUACGGGGGGCCACGUGCUGUGCGCAACGGAGCAGUGGUGGCAGCUUGCAGGCCAGGAGGCCAUGCUGCUGGUGUGGCUGGUGCGCACCCUGCCCCCUCACACCUCCCGCGAUCUGCCUGUCUACCUUCCACACGGCAGUCCCACGGUCCCCCACCGGUUUCUGACCUUCCAGCUUGUUCCUGGUUUGGAGGUGGUGCUGCUGUGCGGGCCAAGUCCCUCCUUACAGUACCUGGCUGAUGAGCUUGUGAAACAGUUUUGGCAACCGUUGCUGGAUCUCCUGAAGCAAACCGCCAGAGCCUCUCCUCGCUGCCUCCCUCCUAGCACGUCUCUUGCCCCUGGCAUCCUUGGGUUAUUGCUGAUCAACCAAGAACAGAGGAAAAGCAUCUUCACGGUACAACCUCACGGCACCUGGGCGGAAGGAUCCGAGAUGCCUCUGAAGAGUCGCCUCUGCGCCCUCCGCUCUUUCUACGCCUUAGCUAUCUCUUUGUACUUUCCCUCCGAGAAGGCAGAAGGGAGCACGGCACCUCUGCAGGACUUCCAGGCAGGCUUUUCUCACCCCCCGCAGCACUGUUACGUGGUCAGCGCCAUGCACAAGGCCUACGCCAUCCACGGGAGGCGGCACCAGCUCUUCCUGCUCCUGAAGCCAGACGUGCCCACCUUUGCCCUGCGCUCCUUGGCAACCAGCACGAUGCAGACCCUCACAGCAGAAGACUCUGCCUUCUGAUCAGAGGAGUUCCGAACAGGAUGCUGGGAU